AUGAGUUACCCUCAAGAUGGGCGAGACAUGGAGGACCGACCGACGACACCGGGAUCAGUCAAGAGGGCCAGGGAGAGGGCCAUGGCUGGACUACCAAGAGAAGCACCAGGUUUACCUAUAAGCCCGAAUGCUGGAAUUUCCAGGAUACCACGACCCGUGCAAACUAGUCGAGAUGGCUCGUCAGGCCCUCCCACGAUCUCGAGACCGACGCCAGUACCUCAGUGGCCUCUCGCGGGUCCUCCGGCAUCUUCAAUAUCGAAGCCAAUCUAUCAGCCGCCCCCGGGAAGAGGACCUGCUCCUCAACGACCUCCUCGUCCAAGCCCGAGCCAUGUUCCCUCAAUGUUGGAUGCAUCAAAAAUACAGGAACAUAUUCCUGUAUUUCAGUACACUCCGCAAACUGGACGCGAAUCUGAAGUUUCCAUGGCACAGUCAAUGGCAUCAUCUCAAUCCCGUCCAACGACCCUCGACUCGGUUGGCUCGAUUCCAGACUUCCCGCUACCCAUGACCGGUGGUGUCACAGGGCCUCCGCGAAGGAGUGUAACGCUCGGCCCGCCCCCAUCCGCGCGACGUGGGGCUUCUUCCUUUUAUUCCAAUGCGUCAUUCGUCUCGCCGAUUCCAGAAGAGAGCCCAAGAGCUAGGUCUCACACUUCGUAUGCAUCCAGUGCGGCCAUGCCCAGAGAAAGUUGGGCCUCUUCAGCGUCCCCAGGCCCGAGUCCGACCGAAUAUCAGGAUGGGGCCUUCGACGACAGGCUCAGGGUGGGCGGCAGAGAUGCCUUCAACGAUGAGGCUGGCGAUGAAAGCCAACUAGUGAGGAGUGCAAGCGUGGGCAAGAGGGGCAAGGCUUCCAUAGUCAAUACUUCAACAGCGACUAGGGCGUCUGAGAUCCCAGAGGGGGAUGAGCGCCCGGAACCGUCGCCACUGCAGGGAGGCCCAUUUGUUCUGGGUACUGGCUACCGUGACUCUUCAAGUUCCGGCAGUGUGCCCAGGGCCAAGCCCGGCGUGGGCAUGGCACUCACAGCAGACUCUAUCCUGAACGCAUAUGGGGCUGCAAGCUCUUCCGACCCAUCGGAUGCAUACAGUCGGCGCAUGUCUGUCUCGCCACAGCCGCCAGUUUACAGCCACCUCUCCGCCAUCCGUAGGCCUCCAAGGCUGGAUGUUGAUGGCAUCAAGGCUGCCGAAUCCCGAGGUAGCUUGACAAGUCUACCGGACCUGAUUCGUCGGGCGACUAGGCUUGCAGCAAGUCUCGAAAAGGGUCGUAGGCCGGCAAGCCGCUUCGACAGCUUCGAUGCAACAGAAUCUUAUGGUUAUCCGAACGCCAAUAUCGACAGCGAGAAGGAUACGUCAGAUGAUUUUGAAAAGCAUCAAUCAGGGCUGUCAGACAUGCUAGCGGCUUUCCCUCCACCAGCUCAACCUUCACUUCCACGUCGUAGCUUCAGGCAGAGUUUGCGGGACUCAGUGGGUCAAUCAUGGCCUCUGCCCGCCCGGUUUAGCACCAGCCGGUCACCGCCACAACAGCGUGCUCUUGACAACGAUGUGAACUCAUUCGCGGAGAUGAACCUGAACAACACCGAAAAGGGCACCCGGAAUGGCAAAAAAGAGGGCCGCAGAUGUUGCGGUCUGCCUAUGUGGGGGUUCAUCAUCCUCGUGCUCAUCAUUCUCAUCAUUGUUACGGCAGCCGUCGUGAUACCGGUUGAGUUCUUCGUCAUUCGUCGCCCGCAAAACAACGCAUCUGCCGGAGCUCCUCAGUCAGCCAUAGACAAAUGUAAAGCUCAGCUUACGUGCGCGAACGGCGGCAUCAACAUUGUAACAACUGAAGGCACCUGCUCGUGUAUCUGCACAAACGGCUUCACUGGCCAAACGUGCACUCAGCUGUUGACGCAAAGCUGUACAACCACCAACAUCGUUGACCAGAACCCCAACAUCGGUGCCUCUCAGAUUAGUAACGUCACCUUGGGAGAUGCGAUCCCUCGAAUUGUUGCAGCUUCCCAGGCAACGUACGGAGUGCCUCUUUCGAUCUCGCAAAUCCUUGCCAAAUUCAACGCGGGCAAUUUGAGCUGCAUAGCUGAGAACGCGUUGGUCACUUUCAACGGCCAGAGCCAGAACUCCAAUGGUUCUCAAGGAGGAGUCGCGAAUUUUGGAGUUAGCGACGAUAACCCAAUGGUCAAAGUGGAGGUUGUCACGGUUUUUGCGAAGAGGCAGAUACGACGAGGAUUCACUACUGUUCUCACCGGGCCGGCAACCUUCUCGACAACUCUGGGCGUUUUACCAUCGAUCCUACCGACGACAACCAUCACUGUCACUACCACCAUCCGACCUACACUAACCCGGCCAACAACAAUGACGACGCCAACGACGAUGACGACGCCGGCACCCACUCCCAGUGCACCCACGAAUACGCCCAAACCCUCAGUACCUGCUGUACCUGCGGUACCGUCGUCUUCGUUCUCCGUGACGAACGAGGUGAUCGACUUUGCGCGCGUGGCAGUGCUCUUCAUUCUGCAGCAGGAGUCGCUGCAGACUGCCGAGCAGGCUCAAGGUGAAAUCCAGCGCUUAUUCACAGCGGCUGGCGGAAAGACGGGCACUCAGGGCGUGACAAUUGAGCAGGCGCGGAACGUGACACUCCUGAACGGCAACUCUGCAAACCUCGUUGAUUUUGCCAUCAACGUAGGCGCAGGGCUCGUAGGCAAGGGAGCAACUCCAACCUCUGGGAAUGCAGUGGUCGCCAGGAGUCUGAACGGGGUUGCCAUGGCGCACCAGCCGCGGUCUCAAACCGCGUGCAAGGAGAGCCUGCAGCCAGUUUUCAUGCGACUGUUCAGGCGGUGA